AUGACUCCGCCUUCUCCCUCACCUGUUCCGUCCGCAGUCUCCUCAGCAGCAGCGUCUCAACAUUCACAUGACCCUCGCGAUGGAGACCCUUCGGUAACACGAGCCCUGGCGGGCAUGCAUCUGUCCGCGAUGAACGGGGAUAUGCUCUCUGCGCCGGCCUCCCCGGCCCCGAAACCUCCCAGAGGCAACAUGGCCUCUCGCAUUUCUCGCAUGUUCUCAGGUACGGGGAAGCAGACCCCGACUCGCGACCAGGACGCCGUCCACCGCGAUCACUCCGACAGCAGUUUUGAGAGUGUCCAGCCGACCAACGGCAAAGAAAAGCCCGUUUCGAAACCCUCGUCCCGCGCAAACUCCAGACCCCCGUCUCGCACCCCCUCCCGACAACCAUCCUUGAAAAGUGAGCCCGCGGAAAAUAAUCCGAAGAAGAAGCCGGCCAGCACCAAGGACCCGAAGGAUGGCGCCGCGCCGCAUAAGCGCUUCGAGAUUCUCCCAGAAGGCACCGGCACUCACAACCAUAACCUCCGAAGUGCCCGGCGACAGGAAAAGCUCACCGACCUCCUCCGAGACAUGCUGGGCGGUGGAAGGAGAAAGGGCGACGAUCAGGUGGAGGAGCAGCAGCUGUCUCUGAUGUCGACCUGGAUCGAUCAAUUUAAAACCGAGCGCGAUAAGCUCGCCGCCGACAAGAAGGGUGGACCCAACGCGACAGCAUCUCUGGUGGACAAAUAUGGCAAAUGCCAGGAGAUUGUUGGCCGUGGGGCCUUCGGUAUUGUCCGCAUCUCGCACAAGGUCGAUCCCCAAGACUCCAAGUGCGAGCAACUCUACGCUGUCAAGGAGUUUCGUCGCCGUCCCCAAGAGACGGCUAAAAAGUACCAGAAGCGGUUAACUUCCGAGUUCUGCAUCUCCUCUUCCCUUCGCCACCCCAACGUCAUCCACACCCUCGAUUUGCUCCAAGACGCCAAGGGCGAUUACUGCGAAGUUAUGGAGUACUGCGCCGGUGGCGAUCUGUACACUCUCGUUCUCGCAGCCGGUAAACUAGAAGUCGCCGAAGCCGACUGCUUCUUCAAGCAGUUGAUGCGUGGCGUCGAGUACAUGCACGAGAUGGGCGUGGCUCACCGGGACCUCAAGCCCGAGAACCUACUGUUGACCACCCACGGAGCCCUCAAGAUCACCGACUUCGGCAACGGCGAGUGCUUCCGGAUGGCUUGGGAAAAGGAAGCGCACAUGACGGCCGGCUUGUGCGGCUCCGCACCAUAUAUCGCGCCGGAAGAAUACGUCGAGAAGGAGUUCGAUCCGCGCGCCGUGGACCUGUGGGCCACUGGCGUGAUCUACAUGGCGAUGCGGACGGGGCGGCAUCUCUGGCGCGUGGCGCGCAAGGACGAAGACGAGUUCUACCAGCGGUAUCUGGAGGGCCGUAAGCAUGAGGAUGGCUAUGCGCCGAUCGAGACGCUGCAUCGGGUAAGCGUGGCUGCUCCUGCAGGUCAUUAUGCAGGACAUCGGACUAACUCCGCAUCUUAUAUCCAGGCCCGCUGCCGCAACGUGAUCUACUCUAUUCUGGAUCCGAACCCCUCCCGUCGCAUCAAUGCCUCACAGGUCCUUAAGUCCGAGUGGGUACGACAGAUCAAGCUUUGCAAGGCUGGUGAGGAAGGGUUCUGA